ACCUUGGUUCGUCACAACGUAGUCGUAUACCACUUCCUCCAUUCCUUCUUCAUUGCAUUAUGUAUACCACUAUUAUUUCCUUAUUCUUUCUCGCCUUCUUUUCUUUCACGUUUCUUGUCUACCCAGUGGCUGCCGUGCAACUUUCUCCACGAGAGCUGGCUUCUCAGUAUUCUCUCACGACGAGCACGACAUUCCCAUUUCCAACCGCUACGCAAAGCAGCGAUGAGACGGACACAUUCAUUGCUUCGGAAUGGUCAUUGAGCAGAGGGCGCUUCCAGGACGAUUCCGACAACGUUGCUUUCGUUGGUGAUCCAUUCACUGCCAACUCUUCCGGUCCUGUUCUCGAGGUCACAUAUCCAGAAGGCAGUUUCUCGCAUGGCACUGGUGGCACUCAAUUCUACAAUCUUUGGAACGCGUCCAAUGGCGGAGUGUUCCAGUCUCUUAUGUUGUCCUACGAUAUAGCGUUUGACAAGGACUUCGACUGGGUAAAAGGCGGCAAGUUACCUGGAGUGCGAGGUGGACCUAACGCUACUGGCUGUAGCGGUGGUAAUCAGCCCACAGGUAGCGACUGCUUUAGUGUUAGACUGAUGUGGCGACAGGAAGGCGCUGCUGAAGUAUACGCGUAUAUUCCUACGCCGAACAAUCUCUGUAGCGAGCGCAGUAUCACCUGCAAUGACGAUUUUGGCACUAGUAUAUCCCGCGGAGCCUUUAGUUUUGUGACCGGAGAAUGGAAUCAAGUCACUCUUCUCGUGCAGCUCAAUGACCCGGCGAGUGUAGCGAACGGAAACCUCAAAUUAUAUUAUAACGACGUCGAAGUAAUCUCUCAAACGGAUCUCCAAUUUCGAAGCAGCUCGUCUGUUGAUGCUGGCGGGAUGUAUUUUUCGACAUUUUUCGGAGGUUCAGAUGACAGCUGGGCGACACCGAAUACCACCCACACAUACUUUCGCAAUAUUACGAUGUGGGGUGGUUCAAACCCGUCCAAUUUGACGGGACUUGAAGUUACCAGUGCAGCCAGUAGCUCGUGGAUAUCACAGCUCUGGACAACUUUAGUCCCUGUAUUUUUGACGGUCGGUUCUCUAUGCAUGUGAGGCACGGACUCUAAUAUUUCGGAACACGAACUUCAUCUUUGUAAAAGGGACAAUAAAUAGUUAGUAGUACUUAGGAGCACACGGAUGUACAAUACCAAUACAAUACAUAAGAUAUACAUACC